GAAUAUAUUUAGCGCUAGUUAUGAGAAUAUUGGUGUUUUCCGUCCUUUGCUAGCUGAAAUAUUUCAGAACCUUUUAGUCAGAACAGUGAGUGGACUAAAGCUUAUGUUUAGUGUCGGAAAGGCGUAACCAUUAAAUAGUUAGUUUCUUCGCCGUGUCAUAAUUAGCAUAUCAUUGGAGCAAAUCAUAGUUAUCGACUUUCCAGUGGUGGGUCUUACAAAUUACGCAGUGAUUUUGAUAUUUCUUGUGAACUCAAACGACACUUAAUAGUUUUAUCUCUUUUAAGUUGACUAGAUUGCUAAAGUUGUUUCAACAACCUAGCCAACGUUAGUUAAUUUACUUUAGUGGUUGAUAGAUUACUGUAUGAAGUUCAGUUUGUUAACUAAUAGAUGGAUGAGUUAAUUUCUAAACUGCUGUUGGUGUUAAUACCAACAGCAAAAGUUUGCUGUGUCACUAUACUAAGUCAUUUUAAAUGAUGGGCAAAUAUGGUAGAAUAGGUCCUUAGAAUACGUACUCAUAUAGUUUGAGAGCUUCUGGUCGCUUAUUAGCAAGAACUAGAUUUUUUUCAUGCUUACUUCAACGCACUUUCAUCGGAUGGGAGAAAACCUUUGACUGAUUUUCUGUAUUUUAGAUGAUGCUCCUCUCUGUACAUAUCUGUAUACUGUUUGUGCGUUUGUUCGCAGGAUUUUUGGACGAUUUAUGUGUUAACCAUGGACCUCAAAUGAAUAUACAUAAGAAAGUCUCAUACUAGACGUUACUCCUACCAAACGUUUCAAUUUGCGUUAUGCAGUGUUAUGGUCGAGGCUGAUACUAACCUGUAAAGCUAAUUAUCUAUCUAAACUUUUUACUGAUGACUUAAUUGCGUUUUGAUCAUCUGUGAUUGCGUUUAGUCAUAUACCAUGCGCAGACCGACUGCAGUGUAAAGCAAACUGAAUUUCGUAUCCUCAACUAUUAUGCAUGAUUUCUGUAUAUUAUCCUCGUAAAAUCGCUGAUAUUUUGACUUUUCAUUUAUGUUUCGUCUCAUGCUUUGAGUAAAAGUUGAAUACCUGUGCCAUCUUCAAAGGUGUUUUGUUAACAAUGCCAAGAAAGUAUAAAAUAUUUGAAGUGGUUUUUUCCAUAGUAUUUUGCUUAUUAUUGAGUUUGUGUUUUAUGUCGUGUAGAUUAUAACUGCCAGUGAGAUUUAUUUGAUUACCAUUCAGUUCGAUACCUCCCAGGAUUUUGCGCCGAAUUCAUUAUGGAGGAAGGUAGUUCGGCUAAGAGUUCUCACGGUGGUAGGCGUAAAAAUAAGAAAUCUCGAACUUCGAGGCAGCCAAUGAGUGAAUCCCAAGAAACUCAAGAGAGUGGAGAUCGUCAAGUAUCUUCAAUUCAACCAAAUGUACAAGAGUAAGUCCCUGAGUAUUCCGAUAUGAAUGGGCAAAUGUGUGAGUAUAUGUUUUUUGAUUAUGUGGCUGUAAUUAGUGCUAAUCUGUUAAUGAAGGUUCUUUGGAACUGAUAGGAAGAUAAUUUGAUUGGAGUUUUGGGAGGGUAUAUUGAUUGACUAUCUGUGUUGUAAAUAGAUGCUCACUGACUGAUUAUUUAUUCGUUUCUAGACAAAGAGAAUAUAAGGGGUCUAUGUGUUUAUUUUUCAAAACCUUAUAUGCAAUGACUGCAAGCAUUGUUGUUGUAGGUGAAUAAAUAUGUACGUGUGAUAGAGGGAUCCGGGCUGUUUGAUUUUUAGCUAACUGCUCCGGUGUUUUUGACAGAAAUUAAGCAGAAAUUGUUGUGGUUUUGGAUAUUUUUGAUGAAAGUGCUGGAUUAUUUGCAGAAUGAUGGGGAGACUAUUUUGAAAAUUUUAUCUGUUGUCCAGUUACGUUUCACGCUCCAACUAUCGAGUUGCAGUUCUGAUCAGGUAUGUACGUUAUCUGUUGAAUUAUUUGUAUGAUGUUGAUUUUUGCUUUGUUAGUUAGCAAACCUUUUUAUAUAAGAUUUGAAUAUAUUGAAUUGGUUUUAAGAUUCGAUUUUCUGUUAUUCAGGGCUCCUGUUUCAUCGUUGUUUGGUGAUGAAUCUUCUGCAAUUGAUGUUCCUUCGACGUCAAAACUAACAAGUCCACCUUCCAAACCCGCGAGACAGAAAAAGAAGCAUCCAAAAGUAAUAGAAACUGUUCAUCUUUCUGAGGAUUUCUCUAAAAUGAAUAUCAAAAGACUUUCAAUACCUAAUCGACCGGAUGGAGGGGGACAUUCGGGCAAAGAAAUGUAUGUGACUGUUAAUUGUUGGGAUUUUUCGAUAAAGCCCAAAAUUGUUUACAUGUAUCGAGCAGAAGCUCUCGCUGUAUAUCGUGGUGAUGAAGGAAACAGGACUGAAAUACGAAUGUCUGCUAAGGAUAAACGUGCUCUAAUUAAACAGGUGGCUGAUAGUUUACACGACUGUAUAAUUUACGAUGGUGGCCAUGACAUAUACUCGGCAGAUCGUUUGCCAGGGAUCGGAAAAGUUCCUACUGAGACAGAAAUGAAAAUUGUUGAUCCACUUGGUCGAGAUAAUCUUAUUCUGAAAUAUCACUUGAUGGAAGUACAGACGGUGUCAACUGACGAUGUACAACAAUACGUAGAAAACCCAAAAGCAACAUCGUUAAACAUUCCCCAAGAAUCCAUAAGAUUGUUAGAUUGUAUAUUAAGAACUGUGUCGAAGCAGUCGUUAAUAUCUCUUGGAAGAUCUGCUUUAUUUUACGAAAAGCCAGUGAAAGUCGUUGCAGAUAAGCUACUGAGUAUCCACAGAGGUUUUAUCGCUAGCAUUAGACCUCAAUGGAAGGUCCGUAUGAAUAUAGACAUGACCUACAAGGCUUUUUUCACAGCUGGUAACCUAGCAGAUGUUAUGUACGAAAAGUAUGGAGACAACAUGUACAGAUGUAGCUCACAAAUGGCUAACGAUUUAAGAAGAAUACGUGUUGAGACUGAUAAGUUUUACAAAAGUGACAAUGGACAUGUGUAUUCUAGACGUUUCACCGUGCAUGGAAUAUCUUCUGUGCCAGCUGAUAAGCUUAUGAUCGAGGAGAGAAAGCAGUCUGUUGCUGCGUACUUUGAUGAACAUCACCAUAUUAAGUUAAAAUAUCCUGAUCUUCCGUGCAUAAAGGUUGAUCAAAAACGAGAGGUUUAUAUGCCGAUGGAAUUACUAAAUAUUCUUCCUUUUCAAGCACCUAACGCGAGCAAGGCUGAUGUGGCUAGUGAGGUUAUCCGUUGUGCAGCAGUACGUCCUCAAGAACGUUUUCGAGAACUUAUGGAUUUCACUAAUUCGAUUUCAAAGGCACAUCGACUAUUCCAGUUGUUUCAAGUAAAGAUAGCAAACAAACCUGUAGAUGUAAAGUCACGUGUACUCCAGCCACCUAAAGCAGUUUUUAAUCGUCCAGAUAAAAUCCAACUGAAGGCUGGAAGUUGGAAUACUCCAGAUUUUCAUGAACCGGCUAAACGUGGUGUUGCAAUUCCAUGGGGAAUACUUUGUGUUCCAAACAACCCACGAUCUAGAGGCGACGUGGAAAAAGUCACAGACGAAUUACCGAAGGCCGCUAACCGUUUCGGUGUUUCCUUCAGCAAUAAACCAUUUAUAUCACAAUGCUCCCUUAACCAACUUGAAAAAAAGUUUGAGGAAUUUCAUCGACAAGGUUGUAACUUCAUUCUGUUGAUUCUGUACGAUGAUUUGGCUUACGGAACAAUCAAACGUUUAAGUGACUUGAGAAUGGGUAUCCGCACACAAUGUGUUCGUGGUAGCACUCUACGCAAACCUAAUGUGUUUCCCAACCUAUUAUUGAAACUCAAUGGGAAACUUGGUGGUGUUAAUUGGAUUGUCCCAGAUCUUAUCGAGAACAGUCAGGAUUUAAUAAUGGUUUUCGGUGCUGAUGUUACUCAUCCAGCACCGACACAAUCUCAUCAGGUUCUCAAGUCAGUUGCUGCUGUUGUUGGAUCUGUCAGUCCUGAGUUAAUGCGAUACGGGGCUGUAGUUAGACAACAAGCAACUACUGAGCGAGGAAACAAAACAACAAGAGAAAUUAUUGAUAACUUGCAUCUGUCAGUUGGAGAACUGCUCACGCUAUAUUUGCGGAAUACGAAGGGAGGUUUUCCUAAACGUAUUAUAUUCUAUCGCGACGGUGUCUCAGAGGGUCAGUUUGAAAAUGUUUUGGUCGAGGAGUUGUCUGCCAUUCAAAAAGCUUGCACUGAUAUUCGUCCUGGUGAAGAACCUGCUAUUACAUUUAUCGUUGUCCAGAAGCGACACCAUAUCCGUUUCAAACCACAUGAUCCCAGAGCACGGAAUGUGGAACCAGGGACUGUCGUGGAUACAGAUAUUACUCAUCGUAGAGAGUUCGAUUUCUAUAUUUGUUCUCAUGAAGGGAUUCAGGGAACAUCAAAACCGUCCCACUAUCAUGUAUUAUAUGAUGACAGUAACUUUACAUCGGACGCUCUUCAAAUGUUUACGUACCACUUAUGUUAUGCUUAUAUGCGGUGCUCUCGUAGUGUCUCUUACCCUGCUCCGGUGUAUUAUUCUCAUUUAGCUGCGUUUCGUGCACGAGAUUGGCUAUCAAACACGAACGAAGCAAGUGUUUUGCUUGAUGGUUAUGAUCGCUUCAAAGUUCACAUAUCACAAACUGAUGGGAUGUUUUUCUUGUAAAGUUUCGUUAAUUUAUUAUUUCGGAGAAAACUUUCUAUUUUAAUAUAGACCAUUACGUUUAAUAAACAAAUUAACGAUAAAUAUAAUUGUACAGUUCUUGUUAAUUUUCCCCGUUAAAUUCUCUUAUUUAUUCAUUUCAUCAUUUAUUCGAAAUAAAUUGCAUUUAUAAUGGUU